AUGGCAAGCGGGGGAAAACCCCCUUUCCCUUCUCCUUCCCACCCUCUGCAACCUUCUCAAUCCUGGGCUCAGAUCGCCUCUUCAUCCCUGCGUGCUUAUGUUCCUUCCCCGCUUCAUAAUCCACAACUUCUUGAGAAAUUGAAGAACUCCUCCUCAUCUUUUGUUAAGCUUGAUGGAGUAUCCCUGUCUCGGGCUCAUGAGAAAUUCCAGAAUGCUCUGUUUGGGAAGCUCUUUGGCAAGUCGCCUCCUUUUGAUCGAGAUCUACCUAAUGGGUUUUUGCUCAUUCGGUGUGCAUCCCAUGAGAUUUCAUUACGCCUGCUUUCCGAUGGCCCUUGGACGUUAAAUGGUUUAACUCUUCAAUCGACGCUGCGUGGCGUACGUUUCUUCGAACUGCUGCUAAGUCGUCCACAACAGUGGUCCGGAUUCAACUUCAUAACCCGCCGAUUGAGCUUUUGGGAUGGUGAGUCGCUCGACACUAUUGUUGCUCAUCUCGGUAACCUGGUUAAAGUUGAUGAUCUUACAUUGUCCCUCUCAAGAUCUAAGUUCGCUCGGGUUUGUGUUGAGAUUGACCUCUCCAAACCUCUUUGCCGGGGUUUUUGGGUCGGGGACGAUUCACAUCGUGUUUUCGUUGUUGUUCUGUAUGAGAGGCUCCCUACGUUCUGCUACUCCUGCGGUGUCAUCGGACACGGAUCUAACUCUUGCUCUCACCAAGCAGUUGCCGGUCUUGAUCGAGCUCCUCCACCCCCUCGAGUUCCUCGAGGGCCGGCGGUCAGCUCGCUUCGAACCGAGGUAACUGCUAACGAGGGUAUGGAGAUGGAUUCCACUCCGUCUGAUAACCCAUGA